GCUCUCCACCAUCUCUUAUGGACGGAAGUUAUCCAGCAGACGCGGAAAUUCCAGAGGAUCACUUAUACUACCAAAUUCAGCAUCAACAAACAAGAGGCAUAGGUUUUUUUGUGAAGUCUGGCUCUGAGUACGCCGACGAGGACGGCGACGGCGAGGACGAAUAUAAUUCCGAGCACUCCUCUAAAGACAGGAAGCCUUCUGGGAUCAAGAUUAAAAUAGUCAAACCUCACCAAUCCCCCGAACACGGACGGCAUCAACUUCAACCUGCCGACUUUGACCUAUUCUCUGAGAUGUCGGAACCCGCUACCCGAAGAACUCGUUCGGCGACGUCAGCUCUUAAACCAAAUGACCCAUACAGUCAGCGUCCUGUACGGGAGCUUCGCAGUCGGAAUAGGAACCGCGUCCCGGCAAGCGACGAGGAUUCUCAAUCUCAGCCAACCAUCGAGCCACGCUAUUCUCGCUCUGGGAGACCGAUUAUAGCAAAGUAUCAAGAUCUUAGUGAUGAUGAGGACGAGGAUGAUCUUUCCCGGAAGUCACUAGCACGAUCACAGACGCGAACUCGCCGGUCGCAGAGAUACGCGUCAAGGGGGGACGACUUCAUUGAGAGGGAUGAGGAUGAUGAUGGGGAUGUGCUGUCCGAUGCAGAAUAUGGUGUUCGUCGGUCUUCGCGAAGAGUCCAAUCUGCGGCUCCGUCUCGUACUGCAGCCCCUCAGCCCAAACGACCUUCCCGGGGAGCCCGUAAUCGAGGAAAGUCCAUCAAGAAUGACGAUGGCGAAGCAGAAUUCCAGUUGAGCCCAAAGGGUGAAGCUUCCGAUUCCGAUUUCGACCUGAGUCAUGUAGAUGAUGCACCAAUCACCUCGCUUUCACCCACACCACCUCCUCAGCAGACCACUCGAUCACGAAGAAUCUCCAUUCUAAGCUCCCCCCGUGGAUAUACCCUCCGACCACAAAGAAAAACCGUUAACUAUCAGAUCCCACCCCUCCUGGACAAUGACCAGCUUGCGAGCCUCCAGGCCGAAGUUAAGAAUGUCCGCAGCAACGUCAAGAGCAAGUCUCGCGUUGGGAAUACUUGGGACACCCUCAACCUUGCCGGCCCCCCGCCACUCGUGGAUGAUUCCGAUUCUGAUGAUCCUAAUGCGCAAGCGAUGAAAGCUAACCUUGCGGGAGGUGCAGGUAGUAGUGCAGGAGGGCUGAUAGGUACGGGGAGUUUCAAAAGCGGGACCGACAUAGCAGCUGCGGCGGGUGGCCCCGCAAACUUUGGAAAGAUUAGUAAAGACAGUGCGCUCGCCGACACGGAUCCACUAGGGCCGAACGUUAAUGUCACAUUUGACCAGGUCGGCGGCCUCGAUGACCACAUAGCCUCACUCAAAGAAAUGGUUUCUCUUCCCCUACUCUACCCCGAGAUUUUUCAACAGUUCAAAAUUACCCCCCGCGAGGCGUCUUAUUUCAUGACGCUUCUGGCCAGGGCGCUGGCAGCUAGUUCGAGAAGUGGAGGUAGAAAUAUAGCUUUCUUUAUGAGAAAGGGCGCCGAUAUUUUGUCAAAAUGGGUCGGAGAGGCUGAGCGGCAACUAAGGCUGCUUUUUGAUGAAGCAAGAAAUUGUCAGCCAAGCAUAAUCUUCUUUGACGAGAUCGAUGGUCUAGCACCCGUUCGGAGCAGUAAGCAAGACCAAAUUCAUGCUAGUAUCGUUUCGACACUCCUGGCUCUCAUGGAUGGUAUGGACGGACGAGGUCAAGUUAUUGUUAUAGGGGCCACCAACCGACCGGACGCUGUAGAUCCUGCUCUACGAAGACCGGGUCGUUUUGACCGUGAAUUCUAUUUCCCCUUGCCAGACCUUCGGGCGCGGAAGCAGAUUCUUCGAAUUCUCACUUCGGGAUGGAAAGGGUGGGAAAGGGACAGCGUGGAAGGGGAGAGAAUGCUUCAAGUAAUGGCUGAGGCAACGAAAGGUUAUGGUGGUGCUGAUCUUCGAGCUUUGGCGACAGAAGCGACCUUGAAUGCUGUGCAACGAACUUACCCGCAGAUAUACAAAUCCAGAGAUCGUCUGCUGGUAAACCCAGACAAUAUUCGUGUGCUCCCAAAGGACUUUAUGAUGUCUGUGAAAAAGCUCAUACCCUCGUCUAAAAGGUCCACGGCGUCUGCAGCAGCACCCCUCCCGAAACAGCUUAUUGCUCUUCUAGAUGGAACCCUUUCUCGUAUAAAAGAAUUUCUCUCACGAACGAUGCCAUCCAUCAAGGCUCGCAAUGCGUUGGAAGAGGCUGAAUGGGAAGAUGAUGACGAUGAUGGUGGGUUGACACGCGAGCUUCGACUUCAAGCUAUGGAGAGUCUUAGGGUGUAUAGACCACGUCUUCUGGUCCAUGGAGCACCUGGCAUGGGCCAGUCUUAUCUUGGACCAGCUGCGCUGCACCAUCUGGAAGGUUUUCAUGUGCAGAGCUUAGACCUGGGUUCGUUACUAAGCGAUUCUACGCGUUCUGUGGAAGCUGCGAUUGUUCAGCUUCUCGUGGAGGCAAAGAGGAACAAGCCUUCAAUAAUCUUCAUCCCUUCUCUUGCCGGUUGGGCUGUUUCUAUAUCCGACGUGGCCCGGACGACCAUGCGAGAAAUGCUCGACUCCCUUUCCCCAACUGAUCCCAUCCUCUUGUUUGGCGUCAUGAACGGUGACUUCCAUCAUUUGCCACGAGACAUUCGAGAAUGGUUUGGCUACUCGCUAGAUGGGCGGAUAGCCUUAACUAAACCAACCGAGUCCCAGCGAUCAGAGUUCUUCAGUGAUGUUCUCAGUGAGGUGUCGAGACCGCCGAACGAGUUCCCAGAUGCUGUGAAACGGAGAAGAAGAAUUCUCGAGCACCUUCCUCCGGCACCUCCUCUACCACCCAGACAGCCAUCUGCCGCAGAGGUUGCGGCUCAGGCAGAGAAAGAUCGUCAGACUCUGGUCACAUUAACCGUUCGGUUAGGGCCUAUACUCUCUGAUCUGAAGAAGCGUUAUCGGCGUUUCGUUAGAACAGUUGAGGAAACUCAUGAGGCAGUGGCAACAGAGAGUGAGAGGCUCGCUCAAGGUGCAUCAGCCAAUCUUCCCUCUGUGAACCAAGAAUCACUGCAACCUAUCGACGUGGAAAUGUUGAACGGCCCGACACAAAUAGAUUCGACAAAUGAAAAGCAGCCCAACCCGACUGUUCCUCAUGUCAAUGGCAUCGUCAAUGGAGAUGCAAAAUCUUCAGAUGAACAACCACCUAUUUCCACUUCAGGGCCCGCCACCGACGUACCAGCCACCUCUUCCCCCCCGCAACCCUUGCCCAAGGUUUAUGACGUCGAUUUCGACAAAAUGCAUCAAAAGUUGUAUGACAAGGCAUACCUUACACCGGAUGAAUUCCUGCAAGAUUUAAGUCGCAUGGUGCACAACACCCGGAUACCACCAUGCAACCUCGAGCAUGCAUUCAAAGCACAUCAGAUGUACUCGGAAGCUGAAGCUGUCAUUUGGGAUGCCCAGUUUAAGCUCGAAUGUGAGCGAAUGGCGGCUAGGGACAAGGCUAGGCGGACAGCUACAAAAGCCCAAACCGUCAAGGAUACUCCACCUAAACCAACCCAAGAGGGCCAAAACGCAACUGGUGAAUCAUCGCUACCAGCUGCACAGGGCACUGGCGCUGCAGAAUUGCCCGCGACUGAGUCGAAUGAAGAUCCGAUGCGAUUGGAGCGAACGCUUAAACGUCCGCGCGUGGACAGUGAAAUUCUACAAGACGUGAGGGAAACUGCAUUUGAGGAGACCGGAAAUCGCUCGCCCGCCAAACGCGCUAAGCUAUCUUUAGAAGACCAGGAUGAGACGACAACCGUAGUGGACCUAGACACUGCCCGGUGCCCAAUCCCCACCGAGUCCGCGCCUACACGGCUGUCAGUCCAGUUCCUCGUAGAUUCUCAACCUUCCAAUAGUAUGCUCGUCGAUGCAACCAGUCUGGCGCAAAGACCAAGUCUACCUGCAACGAAUCUUCCAAUUGAAUCAGGUGCCCCCCCUACAACCUUCAACCCACCCCAGCCGUCCGACUUUCUUCAUCCUCCAACCCAACCCUUCGAGUCCAUCCCUAUUUCACUUACAGUCUCCCCUACUCCCGCUCGGACUCCUACGCCAACCCCGCAGUACCCUCCACUCGAAGUCAGUGAUACUGGUCUUCGGCAACUCCGUUUAGCUCUUACAGGUGAAACCUCGGACUUGACCAUCGAACAAUUGGAACAUUUACGAGCUAUGUGCUUGGACUGCGUCUGGCAGAGGCGAGGGGACUGGAAUCGAGAUGAAAUGAUCCGAGAAAUGCUGAACAUUAUUCGUAAUCUUGUCCGUGAAGUAACAAUCGACGAUCCUGGUUCACCAUAAAAGACUGUAAUAGCUCAUGAUCCCUACAAUAUUUCAUGCUUUCGAGUCCGCUGCAUUCCAUCUGCUGAUCACUGUUCACCACAGUUGAAUAUGGAAAUGCGCACAAAGGUCCUUAUAUCUCUUUCAAUUUCCGGUAGCAUGUAUCAGCUGUGCACUUCUAUAUACGAUUAUUUUGACUCAACAGGUGCAGUCAGUUGGGGCUGCAACUCUACAAA